AUGGGGCUUGAAAUGUCGUUUCAAACAAAGGAUCAGAUAUGUUUUGUAAUGGACCUGAUGGCGAGCGACUUGUAUAAUUAUCUGCAACGUUAUCCUUCGUACUGCGUCCGCAAUGCUCGCAGGUGGGGUGCGCAAAUGACCCUUGGGAUCAACGCCCUGCACGAGAUAGGGAUUAUCCAUCGGGACAUCAAAACCGAAAACAUCCUGAUCGACGUUCGAGAGAACGUGCGCAUCAUCGACUUUGGCGUGAGUUAUGUAAACAAAGACGAAGGACCCUUGGACCGACAGCAGAAUUAUUCUUCGGAACCGGUGGGAACGACACACAUCAUGGCACCGGAGGUCCUGCGCAACGGAUCCGACCGCCGUCCUUCGAUGUACGGAGCACCGGCAGACUGGUGGUCGUUAGGUUGUGUCCUCUACGAGCUUGUGUCGAAGGAGCACGAGUCGCUCUUCGUUACAGAGGACGACGUAUUUUCCUAUGUUUCUUGGUGCUCCAGCCGCGACAGGGCAUCCAAACGGUUCCCUGCCAUUGAAGAAUUGAAGGGAAAUCUCGCGGAUUUGAUCUCUGGACUGCUGCAACCCGACCCGUCAUCGCGGUUUGGGUUCGCUGAAGUCGUAAAUCAUAGAUCGUUUGCGUCUAGAUCCGGCAGGUCAGAAUUCACUGACGCACACUCUCGCGGUGAGUUGAAUCUGAUUUGUCUGUGA